AUGUCGUUCGAAACCACCGGCACCAUCGCCAGCUUCGGCGGCAAGCUGCUCAAACUCGCACAUCAGUCACGAGCAACCGCCUGCCAAAUGAAACUCAACCUCUAUCUCCCACCCGGCGCCUCCUCCUCCAAACCCGCCCCCGUCCUCUUCUACCUCGCCGGUCUAACCUGCACAGGCGACAACGGCGCGGAAAAGGGUUUCUUCCAGCACAUGGCGUCCAAAAAGGGCAUCGCGAUCGUCUACCCGGACACCUCCCCCCGUGGCCUUGGCCUAGCAGGUGAGGACGACGCAUACGAUUUCGGCUCCGGAGCCGGCUUCUAUGUCGAUGCGACAAAGGAGCCGUACAAGCAUGGGUAUCGGAUGUACACUUACAUUACCGAGGAACUACCUCAUGCGUUGUUCGGGGAGUUCAAGGAGCUGGAUGGGAAGAGGAUGUCUAUUACCGGACAUAGCAUGGGUGGCCACGGCGCCUUGACGCUUUUCCUGAAGAACCCGGGGAAGUACAAGUCCGUUAGUGCUUUCGCUCCCAUCACCAACCCGACGAAAUGUCCCUGGGGCGAGAAAGCAUUCAAGGGGUAUUUCGGCGAGGAGGAUAAGAAGCGGUGGAGUGAUCAUGAUGCCACGGAGCUCCUGAGCCAUUUCAAGGGCGACACGGAUAUUCUGAUCGAUGUCGGCACAGGCGAUAAUUUCUACAAGCAAGGACAACUUUUGCCGGAGAACUUUGAGAAGGUGGCGAAGGAGAAGGGGAAGAAGGUCAAUGUGCGGUAUCAGGAGGAUUACGAUCAUAGUUAUUUCUUCAUUUCGACUUUUGCCGAUGAUCAUGUGGAGCAUGCGGCCAAGUAUUUGGGGGUGUAG